CCUCAUCAUGUUUUAGCUCUUCGCAGUCAGGGGGGAGAUUAGGGUGAUUUGGCUAACGUUAUCAGGGAGACAGGUUGGCCAGUUGUCGGGUGACCCAUGAACCUGCCGUCGGUGUAGUCGUCAGGAAACACAUGCUAACGGUGGUUCUAAUGAAGAGGUGGCCGUUUUAUAGACCCGUGUCAUGUCAAAGGUUGACAGGUGGAGGACUGGAAACCACUGCGGACCAACUGGGACAGCAGCUUUUGUCCCAUGUAAACAACACGGCAACAGGCUGGCAGGUUUCCAGGUUGUCCCGAGGUCGUGGUCUUUAAACCGAGAGUGUUUUCAACAAGCUGAGCAGGAAAACUGAAGUUGUGGUCACAAGGGCUGAAGUGAAACAUGUUUUACUUUCAUUUUACGCUGAACAUGGCGUUAUUCGGAAUUUCCGAGUAUCCCUGAAAGCAGCACCCCCGGCCCCCUCCGACAUCAACCUGCCCAGUAGUUAGCCUUCCGUUUGUCUGUCGCUCAGGUGUCUGUCGACUCGUCCUUUUGUGUCAAGUACCGAAAAUUCCAGAUGAGAAAGUAAAUGACCGAUGACUGGAAUAUUUCACCGGACUCGUAAAACAAACCGGACUGCUUGUCGACACUGUGGGAGCAGAAAAAAUACCGGAGCUAACGGUCGUAACGUUAACAUGUUAGCCGCAGCCCGACAGGUGCACUGCGGCGCUCAGAUUUGAGACGUUAGCCGCAUCCUGAGCGACACCGACGGUGUUUUACAGCUCUGGAAAUCGGACUUUUCAGCUUUCUGGGACUUAAUAAUUGCUCACAUCAUCAGCACAUCCUCCUGUCUCUGACUCAGCCCUCUGACCUCACAGCGUGAAGGCCAGCAUGGCCUCGGCCCAGUCAGAUCAUUCCAGCGUCCUGCAGGAGGAGCUCACCUGCCCAGUGUGCCUGGACUUGUACCGUGACCCCUACUUGCUUCCGUGUGGCCACAACUUCUGCAAGACCUGCUUGGACCGCCUAAAGCGCCAAGCGGAGCGAGGUCGCUUCCGCUGCCCAGAGUGCCGCGACAGCCACCGCUGUGGCGCCAGCUUCCAGAAAAACUUCAAACUAGCCAACAUAGCUGACGACUAUCGUCAUCGGCGCAGAACCACCACUGCAGCUGCCACAGCUUUAAAGUCCAGAGAGCAGCUGUCGUCUUCUGUGGCAGCGCAGCAAGCCAGGAGUGUGUUUGCCGUUCCGUGUGACUACUGCCCCUCAGUUGCCUCCGAAGCAUCCAGUGCCGCUGCAGCCGUGGACGGUUGUUCUGUAGCUUCUAAUUCUCAAGAAGCUGGGGACAAGCAGGAAGCUUCUGCUUCUGCUGCUGCGUCGAUGUUUGCGGUCAAGACGUGUCUGAAGUGUGAGGUGUCGAUGUGCCAGGAGCAUGUAAAACCACAUCUGGAGUUGCCGGCAUUCCGGGAGCAUCUGCUGACAGAGCCAAUGAACGACUUCUGGAAGAGGAAGUGCCCAGAUCACGACGAGAUAUACAGAUAUUACUGCAUGGAUGACAAGGUGUGUGUGUGCAACGCCUGCACCAUAGAAGGAGGACACUUGGGACACACAAUCAAGACCCUGAGAAACACCAUGAAAGAUCUCAAGGCCACGCUGGAUAAGCAGCUGUACAGGGUUGAAAGGAAGUACAGCAUGGCGGAGAGAAAACUGCAGGAGCAGAAGGAGAAGGAGAGGCAGAACAAGAGGUUUUUGGAUGACUCUGAGCAGAACUUGACCAGGCUGGGGGAGGAGAUGAAGGCCAAAGGCGUCCGCUUCAUCGCCAGGUUGCGGGAAUGCACUCGCGCCCAUUGCGACACCAACGGGCCGGCGAUUCAGAAGAACAUCUCCAGGAUCUGCCAGGACCAGGCGCGUCUGCAGGAAGUCCGCUGCGGCAUCGAAAGCCUCAUGCAGGAAAAUGAUCCUUUCCGCUUCAUCGAGGCAUACAAGACAACAGGAAAGCAGUGCCGCAGGCAGCUAAGAAAAAACUUGUUCUACCCAGAAUACGUCGACAUGGAGACGGAGCUUCUCGGGGGGAUGAUGGAAGUGGAAAUGAGAAAAUUCCUCGAUGAGGAACUGCAGUGUCACAUCAUCGCUUCCAUCAGUAACUUAUGUCAUCUCUCAGAUCUGGAGGAGGAGGAGCAGGAGGAGAAUGAGGAAGAGGCCGUGGAGGAAGAGGAGGAGGAGGAUGACGAUGAUGACGACGACCUUGACGACAGCAGCGUGGAGGAAAUGCGGAGUGAGGGGGAGGAGGAAGAUGAGGAGGAGGAGGAGGAGGAGGAGGAUGAAGGGCACGACCACAGUGAACUGGCUGAUGAUCUUUACAGCCCGGAGGAGGAAGAGGAAGAAGAUGAAGACGACGAUGAUGGAGAGGAGGAGGACGACGAAGAGAGGGGGGUUUAACCCUUGAUUAUUGAAGCACUGAUGUUUGCGUGCAGGAGAUGCCUCAGAUGUUAAGCUUUUAACAUCUGUGUUACUGUUGCUACCAUCUUCUCUUUGAAUGUCCCACGUGCGGUUCAGCGACCACAGUUUGCCUCAAAACCCGCUGCAGCAGUCUGAGAUGACACCCUGGAUGUUAACACAGCUGUGAUUCAGAUGGAAUUAAACGCAACUGAGCACUGAGAGUCUGCCAAUGUGAAUAUUCUGCUUAAGCCGUGUUGCAUUCUGCUAAACCUGACUAAGGGGCUUUAUGUCAGGAGAUACACAUGUGUGAUAUGUACAGUGACUGAAUUUGGCAAACCUCUGCAUGUCUGUGAUGCUGGAUUUUACAAAAUGCCUCAGCAGUGACAGAUUGUCAGAAUUUGUUUCGAGGGCUUUCACCAGAUCUUUUCUUGAAUACGACAGGUGCUGAGCGGAGAGGAACUUCCAAAAGCUCCUGAAAUUAUCUUAAAAAACUCUUAAAUUUUCCAUGCAUUGAUAAAAAAAAAUGUUUGAAUUCCCUGAGUUUCCCAGCUGACCUUCACUGUUCUUGCAAACAGCCCAGUGUUUUGGCCUCACGUUCGACCUGAAGGAAAGCGAACGAGUGACGUGAAUGAGAUGUGCGUGUGUGUGCGUUGUUUCGGUUGUUUCAUUCAUGCAAGAGUUAAAACAUUGCAAAGCCAAAGAGUAAGAAUGUGUGUGUGUUCUUCAAAGAAUUUGUUUGCUUGGCAUGACAUCAGUAAAAAAAAAAAAAAAAUGCAGUGAGUUAACUGAACAGUUUACUUAUGUGACAGGAUGACUUUGUUGACUUUAAUAAUUGUGCUUGAAAAGUAAUUAAUGCAUUGUUAAAAAAAGUAAAACUGAACAGCUCAUACAUUAUUCUCAGUUUCAGGUAAUGAGGUUCUUUGCACUUUAAUACAAACAUAUAUGUAUAUAUGCUAUGUUAGACCUGAGGUAUUUGAAUGCGAAAAGUUGAUUUUUGAUACGAGUGAUUUUGUGAAGGGUCAAACUGAACUAAUUAUUAUAUAUUAAAGCCUGUUGAAAUAUG